AUGUUGCGCUACUCGAACUGCAGGUGUUUGUUGCAUGGAUGCAAAUUUCCUGUUGGGGCUGUUCUACCUAAUUAUCAACAAUCUACUUCAGCAGUUUGCUCUGGCUCAUCUUCAUCAGUAAAUCGAGACGUAGAACUUUCUCAUCGGCAAGCAAUAAAAUGGUGUGGAUAUGCAUUUCGAGACAAACAAGAUAUAUUCUGCUCUUUCAAUGAAUCAUUCGAAUUUUUGAAUUCUAAUUCAACCAGUACAAGUACUGGAAAGAACGAACUUAGCGAAAGUGUGAUUGAAAUUUUGGAGUCUUUCUUUGAAACAUACGGAUGGCAUGGUAUCUAUGGUAUUUUGGAUGACUUGCCUGUUCUAACUUAUGAAAUGUUAAUGUCGAGUUUCCCAAGCGAUCGCAGCGCGUCGGCGACUGCAUUUAAUAAUACCCACCUAUGUGAUAGGGUGUUGAGCACUAAAUCAAGAACAGACUUACGAAGGCCGCGAUGGCGGACAUUUUUUACUCGAUUACGAUCAGCGCGUCCUUGUAUUGCAACAAAGAAAGUUCUUAAUAAUCGAGGAGCAUUACUAUAUAAAAGUGAAUGUGAUAUGGUGAAACCGGUGAAUCAGCGUAGUAUGCAGCCUCUUUCGAGCAAGUUGCGGCCUAUAAUAAAUUUUCAGUUGCGAACUUUAAAAACAACUCCAUGUUCAACCAGUAUUCAUGAUGGGGCAGUGUCGACCACUAUUGUAUCCUGUCAGGAGAAAGCUCAAAAGCUAUUUAGGAACAAAACCGGUGAAUUAGUGACUACAAAAACCAAAACUGCAUCAGUAGAACAACUGAAAGAACUUAUUUUGAAAAAGGAUGUUGCUGGCUUGAGACGGGUUUUGAAUAAAGAACUUUGGCCAUCCCACCGUCGUUUGAAAAAAUUGAUCGUUGAACUUUUUGAAGUCUUUAUCGUAUAUGGAAAAGAUGUGAAAGAAGCUUUAUGGCUUUUGGACAGCUUUGCAUCAGCAAACAAUCGUGUUGCACUGCCGAAUUCAGUUGUUUUGCAAUUGAUCACACGAAUUCUGGCCGAACAAGGAAUAAAAGCUGCAAUUGAUUAU